GGGUUUAACUGGGAAGAUCAGAGCUGGCCUCUUGCAAAGGAGUAGUUUGAGUAGAACCAGCACAUGGUGGGGAAAAGGCUGUGUGUCCCUUUGCCAACAGGAGCCAAUAGGAGUAUCCUCCUGCACACACUUUCUGCCUGGGUCUGAGAAGUCCCCAGGAAAGAUGUCAGCUGAGAAUAGGAUGCAGCUAGAGGAAUUUUUGUGGCAGGCUGCUGCCAGCCUGUCCAUCUCUGGGGUACAGCCCAGCCCUAGCCUGCCUUCCUGUUUCUGCUUUCAGAUUUUGUUUGUGUUGGAGGCAGCAUUCCUGUGUUUCACAGAGACAUGCUCAGGCACGGAACUCUGCUCCAUCCUGGUUCAUUUUCCAGACUGAAACCAAAAUAGCAAGACUGAUUCCUGUAUGUCUGAGCUUUAUCACUUCUGUUAGCAGUUUUGAUUUCCUAGAUUGGAGGGGUGAGGGGGAACCCUACUGUUGCACAUUUGAAAUGCCUUGCCCUACGUGCCCGUUCUUUUUAUAGUCUUGUCACAUUUUGUGCUAUCAGCAUUUCAGUUAAACCGCUUCUAACUUUUCAUCUGUCAAGUUCCUUCUAAAAAACAACAAAAAAAAACCCCGGCUAACAAUAAGCCUUGAAAUACCCUGAAAGGUCAGAAAUCAGAUUUAAAUCCCUGUAACGUGACCAAUUUUUGCCAAGUACACUGUUAUGUGUUUGGUAAACUAAGCUGUCUGAAGCUGGGACAGAAGCUGAUCUGAACUGAUAAGAAUCCCAGAAAUGGUAUUGUCUAUGUGAAUGUGCUGAUCUGAUAAAACAUGGAAAUGACUACAAGAUAACAGAUCAGCCAGCUGAUGGCAGGAUUUGGAAUUAUGAAUUACAUCAAGCAAAGGUCAGUGUUAUGCCAACAGGCAAGAUGUGAUCUGGUUGUCAUAUGGAGACUGCAGUGAAGUAUGUGUGCCUCACAUUCCCUUACUUUGAUUCUUUGACUCAGGGCACUAAUUAUUUUGAUGGUGUUGGGACAGCUUCUUUGGUUUUGUUAUCAGCAGAUCUCAUCUAAAACUUCAAAUAUGAGUCAUUUUAAGCCUUUCCAUCAUGGUGAAAGAACAUACUUAGCACACACAUACAGGAAAAAAAACAGUUCCUAAAAUGUCAUACGAGUUUCUGUUUUCAGUCACUUCAGAAGCAGGACUGAUGGUACUUGCUCCCUGACACACCGGCAUACCCUGCUUCACUUGGCUACAGAAUGCCUCAGCUCCUGGAUAACAGCAGUUCACAUGAACAGGCUGCUGAACAUUAUGAAUCAGAAUCCAUUGUCUCCAUUGCUAUCUUCAUCAUCAUUUUUAUCAUAGGUAUCCCAGGCAAUGGACUGGUGAUAUGGGUAGCUGGUCUGAAAAUGAAAAGGUCUGUGAACAUUGUCUGGUUCGUAAACCUUGCUGUGGCUGACUUCAUUUGCUGCCUAUCCUUGCCAUUUUCCAUUGUUCACCUGGCCCUCCAUGAACACUGGCUGUAUGGUUGGUUCCUCUGCAAAGUCAUCCCAUCAGUCAUAAUCUUCACCAUGUUUGCUAGCGUCUUCCUACUUACAGCCAUCAGCAUUGACCGGUGCCUUCUUGUGAUGAAACCUAUCUGGUGUCAAAAUCAUCGAACAAUGAAAUCUGUAUUACUAAUAUGCAGUGGCAUUUGGAUCCUGGCCUUCAUUUUUUGCUGCCCUGUCUUCCACUACCGUGAGACUAGCACUCAUGAUGGCAAAACUGAGUGUGGGUACAAUUUUGGAGAUCCCCUAAUGCCAGAUUACGUGGAUAGUCCUGUAAAUGAGUUACAGGAAGAAUACUCGCUGUUAGACUACAGUCGUAAUGACUCCUGGGUUUAUGCCUAUGAAGGUGAUUAUCCUGUGUCAUUUGCCCUAGUGGCAGUAAACAUCACUAGGGCUGUCUUCGGCUUCAUACUCCCCUUUGCUACAAUGGCAGUUUGCUAUGCCCUCAUUGGUUUCAGAACACAUGCAAAACUGUUUCACAAGCCACACAACAGGAUGUUGAAAACAAUUGUGCUUGUGGUAGCUGCAUUCUUCAUUUGCUGGGCUCCAUAUCACAUAGUUGGGAUUCUGUACCUUAUACCUAUUCUGGGAACACAACUGGGGCAGUCAUUGAUCCUCUGGGAUCACCUCUCUAUAGCACUUGCGUAUGCCAACAGCUGCAUCAAUCCCCUGGUCUAUGUUUUUGUGGGUCGGGACUUCAGGGCAAAGGCAAGACAAUCACUACAAGGAAUCUUGGAAGGUGUCUUUACUGAUGAGUCAACACGUUCCAUCCCUUGCUCUCUUCACGGAAACAAGACUUCAGCAGAGAAGAACACGAGCAGCACAGUGUAAUGCAAGAUUUCCGAUCACCGCUGUAGAAAUAGGCGCUAUGGUCCUGCACAUCAAUCACUCUCCACUUAACAGCUUUUUUUUUUCUCCAGCACAUUUGAUUAAUCUGCAGCUCCACACACAAAGCAGUGAGAUGGUUCAGCUCACAACAGCAAACCCCCUUUAGAUCCUAUAGAGAUGAGAAGUUGAAGUACGAAGAGUAAUAAUGUCAGGGAAGAUGCUGGUGAAGGAGACAGAGUAGUACUUCAACCUUUAAAGAUGAAAGCAGGCUUGCAGGAUGAUUGUGGUGGGAUCAUGUAGUUUAAACUCUGAAUUGCUAGAGGAGAACAUCAUUAGAGUUAUUUGCAUAUGUCUACAUUCUACAUCUCCUGUCUCUGAUAAACUGCAGAUGAAAGCAA